GCGUGCACGCUCGCUCGGCCGCGUAAAUGGAGCGGAGGGUGGGAAGGCCGUCUCAGGACGCCUCUUGGGGGGGGGGGGCAAAGGGGACGGCCGAGAAAGUCCCCUCAGGGAAAGCGCGGGAGGGACUUUUGCAAGUUAGACAAGGGCAAGGUGUUCGUCUCUUCCCAGGACCAAUAUUCCUCAAGCAGUGUUUCUCAGGCUUUGCAAUAAGUAGCCGAAGCGGGGGGAAAACCUAUUUUAAAAAUUGUUCUUCAUGUGAAAGGAAAGAACAUCAGUCUGAAAUGGAAGCUGCGGAGGCUAUCGUUCACCCAGCAGAAAUCUUGGAACAGAUCUGGCAGCAUAACUUAAGUUUAGAAAAUGCUUUUCUCAACAGUGAAGGGAAUAAGAACAUCGCAGAAUAUAUUCCAAAACUGAUUCCUCCCCUUUUGCACCUUGUGAAAACCUUCAGAUAUCAACUAGAACAGACAGCUAAUAUUCUUCAAAAUACCAGCCAUCUACUUACUACACUUCAUGGUAAAGGCUGCAAGCAAGUUUCAAGUCCAGAGGAGGGCAGCCUUGCAGACUGGCUUCUGGGAUUAAGCAAGCACAUACUAGAUUCUGUUGGAUACCUUGGAGAGUCACAGAAAGGGUUGCUUGAAAUGAGCUGUACAAAAGCAGAUACAGUUGAGAAGGCCCCAUGCAUAUUUGGGAAAUCUGAUGCCAGCAAAGAAAAAGUAAAAGGAAGUAUGCAGUUAAAUGUACCUGUAAAUCAGCCAUUCUACAAACCUUUAUCCAUGAAGGAAGGAAGCCAGCCCCAGCUGAUGGAAGACGAAGUGGUAGAGAGUGAAACUAUUAUAUCUUUACAUGAAGAAAUAUCUAGCGAAGAACAGAGAUCUUCAGUGCUUGUGAAAAAUGGGAAUAAAAAUACACCAGAUAAAGCGGGUAGAGGACCAAAUAAGGACAAUGAAAGAAGUGAUAAUUCAAUAAAAUCUUCAGAAUAUAUUGGUUUGGAAGAUAUUCCAGGAAACAAUGGGAACAAUGUAGUUGUAUCUAGGGAGCUGGAAGCCCACAGGAUAAACUGUCUACAGAUACUUCCUCAUCAAGAACAGCAGACAAAGAUAAAAGAAAUUCAGGAGCAGGGAGAAAAUGACAAUCACUGGCUAAUAGAAAAACCAGAGAAGUGCAGUAAUCUGAGUCAGGAUAAAAGUAGUGGAAUCACACAAUGUGACCAGGAAUGUUCCACUAUGUUAAAAGAUGUACCUCAAGCUACUUCCACUGAUCUAUCCACUAGUAACCUGAAGGAAGAAGACCAUGGAAAUGACUGGAUAUACAAAGAAUUUCUUGUGGAAGUAAAUGGUGAGAGUGAACCUGAAGUGGCCUGUUCUGUUACAGCCCCUUGCGGUGUCCUAGAAAAUCUAAUAAUCAAGAUUGUCAAUGAUUUAAGUUCAUUGGUUGUGGAUGAUUCUGAAGAGCUAGUUAGCAACGUUGUCAGUGCUGAACCUCCACAGGAUGGCCAACCAAUUGUUUCUCCAAUCAUCAUUGCAAUCCCAUUUACUUCACGUUAUAGAGGAAUGUACAGAGAUAUUAUGGUGAAGGUGACUGACACAAACUUUCAGUCAUGUUAUUUAGCUCCCAUGUCUUUGGAAGGACACCAAGGAAACUUCAAGGGGACAUUUGCUGAAGUCAAAACUUGCCAGCUUGGCAUUUUUUCUGUGGUUUCAUGUUUAAAGAAGGAAACAUUCACCAUUCCAAAGAAAGGUAUUUUGCGGAAAUUAAGUAUGGAUCCCAGAAUUUCGUUUUCCUGUCCCCCAUCAACGUUCAACUCUCGAGUUACCAUGCACCUAAAGGUGCAACCUGUUGAGCCAUCUGCAAUUUCUCUGUUAAAAACAAAGAAUGAGAUGUAUCAUUCAGUAGUGUCGACAAGCCCUCUGGUGCAUCUGCAGCAUCCUUCAUCCAAGCCUUUCAACAAAUCUGUCACAGUUAUUCUCCCUUGUCCUCCAAAUCAAGAAAAGAAGACAGAGGGUGAUGAGGCAGAUCAUGGGAGAGUGAGCAGUGCUUCUUUACACAGAGUUACAGCUAUGCAUCAUUUUCGCGUGAUGAGUGCCUCCCCAAGGAAACAUGGAGAGAAUCUCAAUGAAUCCUUGACAUUAUUGGGCUACCGAAAUAAAGAAGAGGAAUGGUCCUCAUUGGAUAACAUCACAGUGCGAAAUGCACAGAAUGGCCUUGUGUCCUUUGAACUGGAUGAGCCCUUAGAUAAGUUUAUUAUAUUGCGCCUAUCCUCUGCUAUGGACAACACACAUCUGGUUCAAUUUAUUCAGAAUCUGGAGGAGGUCAUCUAUAACGCUAUGGUGAAAGUAGUAUUGUAUCAUAAAAAAGAAGAUCCCUACACAAUACUCAUUGAAAUCUUUCUCUCUAAAGAACUGAACUUGGAGCUUCAGAGUCUGCAUGAAGAGGGAUACUGUGGCCCUCCCGAGCCCUCUCAACCAUUCAAAAUGAGAGAGGGAGAGCAAGUUCAUUUUAGAUUUAGUGGAAAUAUUUUUGCUUCAGAUGAUGGAACUGAUUUUGGAAAAACCUACAAGCUUACUUUUCAUGCUCAGAGAAAGCCAAGGCUGGUCCUCAAAAUCAAGGAGAUAGAUGAAUUUGGCAACUACAGUUCGCCUCAUUACAAAGGAACUGUCUUAUGUUACAUAGUUAACAAAGAAACCAUAGCCAAGAACUUGGAACAACCUCUUUCACUAGAUGACUUCCAGCAUCAGCCCCCUCUCUGCAAGCUGGUUCUCACUUUACCAAAGAAGGAGAAGCUUAUCAAGCGCCCACAAAGCACAAAAAGAAUCUCGGCUGAUUUCUCAGAGGCCCUGUGGGACAACUUACUGUCCUGGCUGUCGCAAGAGCUGUCAGAAGAUGAAGCCUCAUGCCUCGCUCUCUGUCUGCCUCUCCACCGAAGUACUCUCCAGCUUAUUAAACUGAAGUGCCCUGAUAAUCUCAGUGCACAGAUCUAUGAGCUCCUGUGCUUCUGGAAACGAAAUCUUCCAAGAUCUGCUGACAAGCUCCAACUCCUCUCUCGCUAUCUCUCCAAGACAGGCAGAGGGGAUCUCGUAGAAGAACUACGAUUCCAGUGGGAAAACAAAAUAUUUGAGAGGAGAACCUGUUGAUAGACAUGCUUCAUUGGGGCCUGAUAAUGUACACUGAUUUCUUUACUGGGGGGGAGCAUCUGCUUAAUAACUUUUUAAAAAAACUUCCUUAAUGACAUUCUUUGUCAGACUUAAAUACUGUUUUUAAAAUGUGUAUUUUAAAAUAUUUGAAUUUUCUUCAUUUGCCAAACAGUACAGGAGAAGGGAGCUUUCGGAUAACCAGAUGUUUGUGAUAUAGUUCCCAUAAAUCCUUACCCCUGACCAUACUGACUGAGAUCAGAAUUCCCCAGUUCUCCAUGAAUGCAUCUCUUUUUGCCAGGAUUGUGACCAUAAUUAUUAUAUAUCAGGUUAAGGAGAUGACAGUCAAAAGACCCCAGGGUGAACCAUUACAAGGUACAGUGUGAGAGCAAAACCCUGCAGAUGCAAUUAUUCUGAACAUAUUUGAAUUAUUUCAGUGCUAACAUGCAGUAUCUACUCAGAAGUACUUUCCAAUGGAGCUUACUCUGAAAUAAAUGGACACAGAACUGCAGCCUUAAAAUUAUUACAAAAUAAUUUGUAAUAAAGCUCAUUUGACAUAUGUAUGUUAAAUUAAGCUCAUUUGACAUAUAUAUGUUAAAUUAAGCUCAUUUGACACAUAUAUUUUAAAGGAGAACCAAGUGAUUGUAAAAAUGUUAAUCGUCAUAGUGACUCUUCACUAAUUGACCAGAACACCUGAAGAUGGCAUAUAGUUCCUAUUUCUUACCUCAUUGAGGGGAGAAAAAUUAAAAAAAAAUUAAGUGCUCAGAUUUAGAAAGAUAAAGGAUUUUACCUGAAAAAAAAGUUGCAUAUUCUGAGGAAAUAUUUGAACACUGCUGAGGAGCUAGAUCCCAUAUCCUUCCCAUAAUAAGGAUCCCAUAUAAUUUGUCUGUAUGUCCAGUAGACAAGAAUAAUAACUAGGGUUUUGUUCAAAACAUUUAGAUAGCAACAUAUUGCCUGUCCCUGAUGUAAGAAAACAAUAUUCAUAAACUCUAGACCCAGAGUUGCCCAACCUGGGGAACCAUGUUCUGGACAGGUCGAAAGGAACUAGCUGCCUCCUAGGGCAUAUUGAGCUUUCCCCAUGCCACUGAUCAAUCUCUACCAUAUAUCCCCAGUAUAGAGAAAGACUACAUGUUUUUUAUGAUGGGUUGUAUCAGCAUGGAAAAGAAAGAUGGCUUUUUGUCAUGAAUCUGAUCUCGAAAACGGAUCUCUUGUCUAUGAAAUAUUUUACAUUUCUCCUUACUUCAUUAUUAUAGCAAGACUAGGGAACCUCAGAGGUUUUUGGAUUCCAACUCCUGUCAGCCAAAGCCAGUGUGGACUAUGGUCAUGAAUAAUGGGAGCUGUAGUCCAAAAAUAUAUCUAUAACACUGUAGUGAAGUGUUUUGUUGGGCCAUAUUUUUACAAGCCUGCAAAAUUCAUUUUGAUUCCAUGUAGACAAAACACAUGUGGACACUAUAAUUUGAUUUGAACCGAACAGCACCAAAAGUGAUUCAAAUUGAGAACUUAUAUACCCAUCUGGACAUGAUCUCAGAUGAAACCUUCAGUACAAAAUAUAUUUCAGCUUUUACGUUGAUUUAGAAGUACUUGCGUUUAACCACAAGAUGGCCUCAGUGUGUGCUUUUCAAAUAAAAAUGCUAUUUACAGUACUUUUGUUUCAGGUUAGAGGAAAUAAAGAAUACCUUCACUUCCCCCUACAAUUCAAAAUCUGUCAGGGCAUGUUCCACACUGAUUUUUUGUCAGCAGCAUUACCAUUUAGAAACAACCAAUAUAUUGCGCAACACUCUGAUAUGAAUAAAGAAAGAAAGACCUAGUUACUACAAGGAUUUCUUUUUGCCUCUCAGAUUAUAAAGCUUUAAGGCCAAAUAUAGUAAUAUAAAUAUUGCAGACUUCUCCCUCCAUUGCUAGUCAAACCUCAGAGACAGCAAGGGCUGAAGCACCCAGUG